UGUAAAUGAUGCCUUUUCUCUUUGCCUAUCAGACCAGAAAUUGACGUGCGUGACGCGCGAACCUGUAAGCGGACGAUUAAAAGCGAGUCACCAUGGCAACCAGCAGACCAAUGGAAGAACGAGAAGCUGUUUACAAGGGGGUGUAGCGUUGCUGGGGUGACGGGACAAACGUCCUGCAGCAGCAGGUAUUAAACUGAACCCGGAGCUCCUGACGCCCUGGAGACCUUGAACUGAGGCACGCGCACACGCACGCACAUUCUCCUGCAGUCACCGGAUAAAGUUUCUGUUCAAUAAGAGCUUCUGUGUUAUUGGAUGUUAUUUCCUUAUCAAUCAAGCAGCCUAUCAGUAAAGACAGGAUUUAGGACCAUGCUGUCCAUGAGCUGCUCGGACCCCUGGCCGGAGGGCUCUGUGGGUUUGGAGGAGGAGGUCGUGACCGCCGCUACUCGUGCGGAGCUGCUGGACCAGAGCUACGCCGAGUCCAACAUCAGCACGUGCAGCUCCGAUAAUUUAGACGACAGUCUGACGAGCCUGCAGUGGCUUCAGGAGUUUUCAAUCCUCAAUGCCAGCGGUGGGCAACACCAUCACCAAAGUCACUUCUUCGGGAGUCAGGUGGGCUCGGAUGCACCUGCGUCUCCUUUAGCCGGAGAUCCGGCGUCUAUCGGUAUGCCGCUGACCCCAGGGAAACCCACGGCCGCGUCUUUCUACAGGGUCCCGUCCAUGGCAGCUCUGCCCAGCCUGGUUGCGCACGGCCACUGUCCGGAUGAAGUCGAUUACAAGACCAAUCCUCACAUUAAACCACCUUACUCAUACGCCACUCUCAUCUGUAUGGCGAUGCAGGCCAGCAAGAAAACCAAAAUCACCCUCUCGUGCAUCUAUAAAUGGAUCACGGACAACUUCUGUUACUUUCGCCAUGCGGACCCCACUUGGCAGAAUUCCAUCCGCCACAAUUUGUCAUUGAACAAAUGCUUUAUAAAAGUCCCAAGGCAGAAGGACGAACCGGGAAAGGGUGGCUUUUGGAAAAUCGACCCCCAGUACGCGGAACGUCUCCUCAGCGGCGCCUACAAGAAGCGCCGAAUGCCCCCUGUGCAAAUAAACCCGGCUUUUCAGAACCGCCUCAGGAUGAACUCACAAGCCGGACAACCUGCAUUUGGUUCGGGAAUGGCCGGAAGUCUUUGCGUGGGUCCCGAGUCCCAACAGCUCCUGAAGGAGUUUGAGGAAGCCACGGGAGGCGAUCAGAACUGGGAUCCUCGUUUGGCCGAGGCCACUAUGCUUGGCUGUUGGGUCUCAGGGAAGGGCAACAAGAGGAAGCAGCCAUAUGCGCACAGGACAGGGGGCAAAGCUCCGCGACGUUCAAGCUCUCCACUGCUGUCCAUGGACGAGCAGGAGGAUUUAAGCUCUCUUAAGGGCAACUUUGACUGGGACGCCCUGCUGGACUCAGCUCUGAAUGGAGAGUUGAGCUUGAACGAAGGGAGUCUGUUGAGCCCCUUAACACGUGAUGAUGACCUGAUGAUCAGGGGCACUCAUAUCAGCCCACUGGAGGCGCCCGGUGGUGUGGUUGAGAGCCACGUCUUGAUGGAAACCCAAAGGAGCAGCGAAGUAGACUUUGACGAAGAAACCUUCAUGGCCACAGCAUUUCUGCAAAGUCCCUGGUCGGAGGAGAGCGCACGUUCGGAUUUCCUUUGCAGCUCGACGGUUAAUAUCGAUCAGCUGUUUGACUUGGGAGAGUCUCUCGCAGGUGACCUAAGCAUUAAGAUCGAGUCUCUCCUUUGAGAAGUCAUUAGUGAGACAUUAGAGACAAGUCCAUUGGGCAUAAACAUGUAAAAGAACAAAGAGGGUUAAGACUGUUUACCCCCGAUGAUUUCAUACUGGAUUCCAUGAAACCCAUUUUUAAAGGUGUAUCUAUUUCUAAUAACGAUUUUUUUUUGAUUAUGCGUUUUGUAUUUGACAAACAAGUUAUCUACCUUCAUUGAUCUACGAGCUAAUCUAAUCCAGAUUAUCAAACGCAUGUUGGGAACGCCAACGAUUCGUGGACAGUAGCACUGGAAAAACAUUAAAAAAGAUAAAUGUUGUUGUUUACAAUCUUAAUUUACAUAACGGAUCAAAAGUGAACGAGUUUAAGUUGUUUUAUUUGAAGAAACGAACAUUUAUAAUGUAUCUUUAAAGUAUGAACAAACUCUGCAAGCAGAGCAAAAUGAGUUUUUGUAACUUCGACUACAUUCAGUGAAAUCAAUGUUGUUUAGAGAAUUGUUGAAUCUAGAUUUAAAGAGAAAAAGUAUGCAGUUUAUUUUCGUGUUGAAUGACUGAUAUGGUUAAAAUUUAACAGCAAAACUGCACUAGAAUGAUGAAUGAGAUUAAGGGGCUCCUACCCAUGUGUGUAAUUUAAUGGACAACGUACAAAAGCUGUCGUUGGGGCGGUAACCUUGCAAAAAAGUUUUUUUUGAGGACGCACAAUGCGAAGCUAAUCACAACAUGUUUGUAGCCCGUCGUGUGUGUGGUUUUCAUUUUAAAAUAUGUGUUUCGGCACGUCAUAUCAAAAUACGAGCCUGCUGCAGACGCCUCGAAGGGGUUUAUGAUAAAAGUGACGCUUGCAUUUGCUAGAUACUCGCUUAAUCUCUUAUGUAAUCAGAGUUUAGUGUUAAGUUUGUGUCUUGCUGGUAUUUUGUGAAUGUGAGCAUUUUUUUUAUUAUAAACCCCUUUCACCGCAUGAUGCACCGAACACAUAUUUUGAAUUCAUGACCCUCGGAAGAGAAGUCAUAUUAAUACCUUAAAGGUACAUUGUUGUACCUAAAUGCUUCAUAUAAUAAUUUUUUAAAGAGUACGUCCCAGUGACAGCUCUUGUACUUUUUUUCUGACGGUGUAGGUUAAAGUGUUUGUGCCAAACUUUCUCUUUGUCAGCUGAAUUUUUGCUCUUUUGAUAGCUGUCUACAUGCACAUCUAUUGUUGUAACCGCUUUUCGACAUUGUGUUACGAGUGUUACAUUGAGAUCAUACAUGAUGAUAUUUUUCAUGAAGACUUUUAUCUUUUUUUAGAUUAUUAGUACUAUGUAAACGUAGAAGGUACGGUAUGUUUAUUAAGGUAAUCAUUUUGGUGGAGAAUUUUGUUUAAAGGCACUAAUACACCCUUUGGUUUAUCGAAACAUGACCACCUGCUAUCUAAUUGGUUUUAGUAAGUUGUCACAUUUUUUAACGCUACUGCAAUUGGGUUUUGUUAAGAAAUAUGUAACCUUCAUGAUGUGUGUGCCAAGAGAAAUAAUUGGCGAAAUAUUUCAAUGUAAAAAAAUGUACCUGUUCUUGUUACAGUGCCUGUUUGUUUUUAAUUUGUCAUGUACUCAAAGUUGUUUAAAUUCAGUACCUAAUUAUAUUUAUAGAAAUUAAAUGAUGCUGACUUAUUACAUUUUCAUCAUCAUACCAAUUUACAUCAUAGGCACCAACACUGUAAAAAGUAAAAGUUAGAUCAACUACUUGCAAUGCUGGGUUGCCGUUAAAGGAACAGUAUGUAAGAAAUGUAUAUCAAUUAAUCAUAAAAUGGCCCUGAUAUGUCACUAGACAUUAAAAAAUCAUUUUCAUUUCAAAAACUUAUAUCACUGACAACAGUGGUCUGGCCAGGAUAUUGUCAUUUAAAAAGUGGAGUUGCAGCCCUCAACUGAUGUUUAUGUUGACAUUUUGUGUAUUGGCCACCAGUUGUGUGAUUGCAGUACCAGUUUUAGCCACAAGUUUUGUUAUUGCAAUACCAGUUUUGGUCACAAUCCUACAUACUGUU